ACUUUGGCGCGUACAGAAGGCCAAUUCGCGUGUGGCAGCGAGCUAGAAUUUUAUUUUCUGCCUCAAUGGGUUGCCGUAAUCGCAGCAGUAGCAUCCGAGUGCAGUGCAUUGAGACCUUAAGCAACGAAGAGGAAGUGAAGGAUUGAUCUGUGCUAAGCAUGGCCUUCAGUUUUGGAGGACCUAGUAGUCUACAGUUGAAACUAUCUAUUUUACUACAUCUAUUUACAAGCAUAACUUAAACCGAAAGUGAAAACUGCAGAUAAAAAGAGAGAAAAAAGAGUUAAACGACUCUUUAUUUUGUGUGUUGCAUUGUAAAGUUCAUGUCAUCCGCAUUGAGUACAUUUAAGAGAAAACAAACAGUUAUCGGUACGAUCGCGACUGGAACUCUUCGGCCCAAUUCUAGUGGUGUUACAACAGAUUGGAGCAAGCUUUAUUUUAGAACGAGUUGCCCCUAGGUACGGCUUCAAAAUGGAAGAACUAAAGCACAACCCCUCGCGGGGCAACCUCUUCGACGACGUGGACAGCUUCGGCGGUUCGAUCGAUAUCGAUCAUCACCAUCACCACCAUCACAACGCCGAUUCGUACUCGGCUAUGGACGAGGAUGGGGAUGAUAAAGAUGACACCAAACGAAAAUCUCGCAACCUCAGCGAAAAGAAGCGCCGCGAUCAGUUCAACCUGCUGGUCAACGAGCUUAGCUCAAUGGUGUCCUCCAACAGCCGCAAGAUGGAUAAGUCCACAGUCCUGAAGUCGACGAUCGCAUUUCUGAAGAGCCAUAACGAGAUUGCAGUCCGCUCGCGGGUCCACGAGAUACAGACCGACUGGAAGCCGUCUUUUCUGUCGAACGAAGAGUUCACGCACCUGAUCCUGGAGGCGCUGGAUGGGUUCAUCAUCGUGUUCUCCUCGACCGGAAGAGUAUUCUACGCGUCCGAAAGUAUUACCUCGCUGCUGGGGCAUUUGCCGAGUGACCUGCUGAAUAUGACCGUCUACGAUAUGGUGUACGAAGACGAUCAGAACGAUCUGUACCACAUACUGCUCAAUCCGACCACGAUAGUGGAUCCCCUACAGACGGGCAUCAGUCGCGAGAAUCAGGUGACGUUUUCGUGCUACAUCAAGCGGGGAACGGUCGACUAUCGGGCCGAUGUGUCGUAUGAGCAUGUCCAGUUUACGGGCUACUUCCGUAGCGACGUGGACACGGAGUCCCUAAUGACGACCUCUCGGUUCAGCGGGUACACGAGCGACGCCGAUUCGCGACUCGUGUUCGUCGGUACGGGUCGGCUGCAGACACCGCAGCUGAUCCGCGAAAUGUCAAUCGUGGACAAUACGAAAAGCGAGUUCACGUCGCGCCACAGCCUCGAAUGGAAGUUCCUGUUCCUAGAUCACCGAGCCCCACCGAUCAUCGGCUACCUGCCAUUUGAGGUGCUGGGAACCUCAGGGUAUGACUAUUAUCAUUUUGACGAUCUGGAAAAGGUGGUGGCUUGUCAUGAAGCAUUGAUGCAAAAAGGUGAGGGAACUUCGUGUUACUAUCGCUUCCUGACCAAAGGCCAACAGUGGAUCUGGCUCCAGACGCGUUUCUAUAUCACGUACCACCAGUGGAACUCGAAGCCAGAGUUUGUCGUCUGUACGCAUCGGGUCGUUAGCUACGCGGACGUGAUGAAGCAGAUGCGCACGCAGACGGCCGGCGACGGCAAGUUCUCCGAGGACGCAGACAGUGUCAGUGUGCACGGUGUGGAGCGCAAGUUCCAGCAAUCGUCCUCCCAAAGCCUGCUGGCCACAUCGCCGUGGAGCUCGAAAAGCUCGCGGACGUCACGGGUGGCUCCUACGCCCGGCGUUUCACCAACGGGCUUGUCGAGCCGAGGCCGCCACCGGUACAACACCUACCACGGACCCGGCUCCGACUCGGCUACGUCCAUUUCCACCGAGUCCCACACCAGCCGGCAAUCGCUUGUUACGCAACAUUCGCGCUCCCGCAUGCGGACCAGCACGUGCUCUACGAAGGUUUCAUCACAGAGCAGUCAACAAGACCGACAGACAGCAUCUCACUUUUUGCUCCAGCAGCAACAGCAGCAGCAACAGCAACAGCAACAGCAACAGCAAUCUCUACAGCAACAGCAAAUGCAGCUCGACCAACAACAUUUCCAAACAUCGCAACAGCAUCACCAACUUCAUCUGCAGCAAAAUCAGUUGCAGCAGCAGCUGCAACAGCAACAGCAGCAACACCGUUCGCUGCACCAGCAGCUGCAAACCCAUCAGCAGCAACAGUUGCACCAACAUCACGCCUCCCAGUCUCAGCCAACGCUCAUGGUGCAAAGUAUCCCCCCCGAGCCGGAAAUGUACGGCCAAAAGCUGACGGCGUCACAGCAGCCGCACCAAAGUCACGGCCACGGUCAGCAACAGUCCCACCUUCCGCCAACUUCGCAGCCACAGCAAACGACGCCACAGCAGCAACAGCAGCAAACGGUGCAGCAACAGCUACACCAAGCUACGGCGGCGGCCACGAUCCUGACCCCUCCGGUGACGCAGAUCAUCGGAGCGACUGGGUUCAUCGAACCGCAGCAGUAUUUGACGGCCAUUCCGGUGCAACCGGUACCGGCCUUCACGGAUACGGCCCCGGCGGUACUCUCGCCCAACUCGUCGAUCUCCCCACACGGUGGCUACCCGGUGGUGCACCAUCCGGCGGUCAGCGGCGCGGGGGGCGUCGUUCUAACGCCUACCCAAAACCAGGUGCAAGAUCAGUUGCAGCGGAAGCACGAGGAGUUGCAGCAUCUUAUAUUGCAGCAGCAGGAAGAGCUGCGGCGAGUGCAGGAGCAGCUCCUAAUGGCACGUUACGGUCUGUUGCCCUCGAUCGUGUCCCUUCCCUUUCCGGCCACCGGUGGAAAUGGGGGCCCGGCUGUGAUUCCACCAGAACGGUGCCCGACCACCGGAGCACCGUUUCUGCAGCACCACCAGGCGGGCCAUGGGGCCGCCUUCCAUCAUCGACACCACCACUACCAUCCAUCGUCAUCCGGGUCGUCGUCGGUGCAAUCGCAGGCUCACCAUGCUCAGCAAGAUCCACAGCAACAGCAGAUGUGCUUACCGGACCAGAAACCGAUUCUGCAUCCAGAUCCAGAGCAGCUUAACUUUACCGACACGGGCCAGGGAAAACUGUCUGAGGCUAGCGAGAUGGUUUCGUACAUGCAGUUGACACCGGUCCCGCUUCAUCAUCUGCAGCAGCAGCAGCAGCAACAGCAGCAACAGCAGCAGCAACAGCAGCAACAGCAGCAGCAACAGCAGCAGCAACACCACCACCACCACCAUGGGUCAAGCGCCUCAUCGACUUCCACAACACCCGCCUCUUCAGUUCAGAACCAACGGCAGCAGCAACUAAUGCAGAUCGGUGCACCGGAUGGAUCGGGAGCACCGGGUGGCAGCGGCAUGGGCCUGUUACAGUAUCAAAUGGCACCGGAACAGGCGCAAAACCUUUUCGCUUCCGGCAUGGAGCAACAGCAAAACCAACAGCAGACACACCCUCCGUCACAACAAUCCCACCAUCAGCUGCAGCAGCAGCAACAGCAGCAACAGCAAGGAGCUACCGGCAGUUCCGACGCCGGAUCACACACCUGCCCUUCACAAACGAGCGAGUUGUGAGCGUGAAGAAUAGCAGAACACAACGAUCGAGCUUUAAAAUCGAGCUUACUGCGGGUCCGAGUGCUAGGGCCGGUCAGAUCGAUACUGUAAAAUAUCAAGCUUUUACAACACCAUUGUACCGAAGUGGUUUCAAGUUGUCCAUCCACCAAAGAAGGAUAUUUUUCUAAAAUAAUAUUGUGUAUAGUGAGCGAUUGAAACGAUCAAUAUGAUUUACGUAUACACCACUGACCUUAUUGUAGCAUUAGUGUUAGAAGCAGCGUAGAGAAACAAACUGGAACCAGACGAAGAAGUAUUUGUGGCUUAAAUUUUAACCUAAGAAAUGAAACAAAUACAAAGAAAAGACGAACGUGUGAUGAGGCAUUGUAGCGAAUAAGCGGUAGGUUUCUAAGCGAUGUACGAGCUAAACACUAGAAUAGCCAUAAAAUGUGGUAGGAAAUUAGGAAAUAGCAUUCCGCAAAACUUUACAAAACAACCGAUCGAUGAAAUCGAGUUAUAGAAACAUUUACAAUCCAUUAGUUUCGUGCGGUGAAAUGUCGAGCGAGGGAAGAAAGUCGAAGAAAGUGCUACACUCACCGCGAACUUAUUGGAAGAGAGAAAUAAAUGAAGGAGAAAAAGGAACGUUCGCUCAGGUUGACUGUGCACUGCAAAGAAAGUAGAAAGAAAAUACCAAGAACCAGCCGUCGGUUUUGUCAAUUCAAUGAAAAUGUAGUGAAAUAAUUGGGUUUCUUGACAAACUUUUAUUAUUCCUUCGUCUUGAUAAUUAGUUUGGGUCGAUCAUCGAUCAAGAGCUGUUACUCAUCUUUAGUCAGUGUUUUCCAUUGCUUUGAAUUGCCGAAUUGGAUUGAAAUGUAAUCUUUGAGCUAGUUGGCUAUUCGCUCAAGCAAAUUAUAAUUUUUGGAGGCUUGGAACAUGGGUCGGCCAUUUUUUCAGUGAAACGAUCGGCUUAUAACGCAUUAGUAUACUUCAAAUCUUGUACAAGCAUGAUAUGCAAUCAACUGGUAAUCGCCAUGCAAGCUUCGGUACAUUUUACGCUAGAAAGCGACAAAACGCUUCAAAUGAUACACAAAAUAAUAACGGAAUAUGGGUCUUCAGAAUGUUCCUUCAGCGUUAAGGGUUAUUAUUAUG